AUGACCUCACAUGUCCUGCAGUAUGCGGACUACUUCAACCGGACACUCCGCAGCAGCAGCAGCAGCCUGCUGGCGGGAAACGGCAGCACCCUCGGGCCGGCCGGCGAGCUGUUCGGCGAGGUGUACGCACCAAACUACCCGUACGUCUCCUCUACCGAAGAGCAGAACUACAUCGAUCAGCUUACCGAAAGUUUGCGCAACCAAACCGGCGCCGGCGGCAAUCGCUCGUACGGCGGCUACGGCGGCUACGGCGACUACGGGCUCGAGCCGGGGCCCGCGCCCGAGUGCAGCAACGCGUACUCCGCCGGCCUGUACUUCCAGAUAACCAGCUACUUCCUGUACAUCACGAUCUUCGUGAUAGCGGUGAUCGGCAACUCGAUCGUCCUGUUCAUCGUCCAGUCGAACCCGCGUAUGCGUACGGUGACGAACUUCUUUAUUACGAACCUGGCGGUUGGCGACCUUAUGAUGACGCUCUUCUGCGUCCCGUUCACGUUUAUCUCGCUGUUUAUCCUCCAGUACUGGCCGUUUGGCCUGGCGAUGUGCCGCCUGGUGAACUACACCCAGGCGGUUUCGGUGCUGGUGAGCGCCUACACUUUGGUAGCGAUUAGUGGCGAUCGCUACAUCGCCAUCAUGUGGCCGCUUCGACCGCGCAUCACCAAGACCUGCUCCAAGUGUUUGAUUGGCAUCGUUUGGAUCAUAGCGCUGAUAACGGCUGUCCCCAUCGCCAUCUUUUCCACGCUCAACUUUCCCACCAAAUGGCAUGAACACUGCAACGUGCCGAUCUGCAUGGAGGCGUGGCCGUCGGCGGAGCAGGACAGGUACUACACCGUGGCCCUGCUGACCACCCAGUUCAUCAUUCCGCUGGUCGUGCUGAUUUUCACCUACACGCGCAUCGCCAUUGUCGUGUGGGGCAAGCGGCCGCCCGGCGAGGCGGAAAACUCGCGCGACCAGCGGAUGGCCAAGUCGAAGCGCAAGAUGAUCAAGAUGAUGGUAACCGUGGUGAUCGUGUUUACGUUCUGCUGGCUGCCCUUCAACUUCCUGAUGUUGAUGAAGCUGGAAGCGUCGUGGGACCUGCUGCCAUACUUCUGGUUCGCCUUUCACUGGCUCGCCAUGUCGCACAGCUGCUACAACCCGAUCAUCUACUGCUACAUGAACGCGCGCUUCCGCAGCGGCUUCAUUCUGGUGCUGCACGGCGUGCCGGGCCUGCAGCAGAUCUGCUGCUGCAUUCGUCACUCGCCGCCGGCCAUCGCACGCAACGUGGGCUCCAGCGUUGCCCUCGCCGGAAUCGAUGAAGUGUCCCAUCUGCAUCGGGUCAAUACAUGCACCACGUACAUAAGCACCAGAAGAAAACCGAACAUCAACCUUCAGAUGCAGUCGACGGAAACGUCCCUGUUACGGUGA